CCGGCGCCGCAGUGGCAGGCAGGGCCGCGCCGCUCCUUCUUUAAAUAUAUAAAUUGGAGCCGGUCGGCCUCGGCCGCCCCCCCUGACAGCGCUGCCCGCGCCCCUCCCGCCGGCGCGCCCGCUGCCAGCCCCGGGACCUUUUCAUCUCUUCCCUUUUGGCCGGAGGAGCCGAGUUCAGAUCCGCCGCUCCGCACCCGAAACUGACACACUGAACUCCGUUUCCUCCUCCUAAAUUUAUUUCUGCCUAAUAGCCACUCGUCUCUUUUUUCCCCCCGCAUCUCGUCGCUCCAAGAAAACUUUUGCUGACUCCCCACCCCCUAGUGAAGGUUCCCCCUGCCCGUCGUGUAUUCAUAUAUCCACUUGGGGAACGACUUGCCUUUUUCUUUUUAAAGGAAUUCAAGCAAGAUACCUUUUUCUCUUGGACCUUGACUCUCGACUGUUUGCAAAAGUUUCGCAUUAAAAAAAAAUCUACCUGAUCUGUACUUUGAGAGCUGUUAGGUUUUUUUCUUACCUUUUUUACUUUUUAAAGAAAACUUUUUGCCACCUUUAAAAAAAAAAUGCACUACUGUGUGCUGAGCGCUUUUCUGCUCCUGCAUCUGGUCACGGUCGCGCUCAGCCUGUCUACCUGCAGCACGCUCGACAUGGACCAGUUCAUGCGCAAGAGGAUCGAGGCGAUCCGCGGACAAAUCCUGAGCAAGCUGAAACUCACCAGCCCCCCAGAAGACUACCCCGAACCCGAGGAGGUCCCCCCGGAGGUGAUUUCCAUCUACAACAGCACCAGGGACUUGCUCCAGGAGAAGGCGAGCCGGCGGGCGGCCGCCUGCGAGCGCGAGCGCAGCGACGAGGAGUACUACGCCAAGGAGGUUUACAAAAUAGACAUGCCGCCCUUCUUCCCCUCGGAAACUGUCUGCCCAGUUGUUACAACACCCUCUGGCUCAGUGGGCAGCUUGUGCUCCAGACAGUCCCAGGUGCUCUGUGGGUACCUUGAUGCCAUCCCGCCCACCUUCUACAGACCCUACUUCAGAAUUGUCCGAUUUGAUGUCUCCGCUAUGGAGAAGAAUGCUUCCAAUCUGGUGAAGGCAGAGUUCAGAGUCUUUCGUUUACAGAACCCGAAAGCCAGAGUGCCUGAACAACGGAUCGAACUGUAUCAGAUUCUCAAAUCCAAAGAUUUAACAUCUCCAACCCAGCGCUACAUCGACAGCAAAGUUGUGAAGACUAGAGCAGAAGGCGAAUGGCUCUCCUUCGACGUCACCGACGCUGUUCACGAAUGGCUCCAUCACAAAGACAGGAACCUGGGAUUUAAAAUAAGUUUACACUGUCCCUGCUGCACCUUUGUACCAUCGAAUAAUUACAUCAUCCCCAAUAAAAGUGAAGAACUGGAAGCACGAUUUGCAGGUAUUGAUGGCACCUCCACAUAUACCAGUGGUGAUCAGAAAACAAUAAAGUCCACUAGGAAAAAAAACAGUGGGAAGACCCCACAUCUCCUGCUAAUGUUGUUGCCCUCCUACAGACUUGAGUCACAACAGUCCAACCGGCGGAAGAAGCGUGCUUUGGAUGCCGCCUAUUGCUUUAGAAAUGUGCAGGAUAAUUGUUGCCUACGCCCACUUUACAUUGAUUUCAAGAGGGAUCUUGGGUGGAAAUGGAUACAUGAGCCUAAAGGGUACAAUGCCAACUUCUGUGCUGGAGCGUGCCCGUAUCUGUGGAGCUCAGACACUCAGCACAGUAGGGUUCUCAGUUUAUAUAAUACCAUAAAUCCAGAAGCAUCUGCUUCCCCUUGCUGUGUGUCCCAGGAUUUAGAACCGCUCACCAUUCUCUACUACAUCGGCAAAACACCCAAGAUUGAACAGCUUUCUAACAUGAUCGUGAAGUCUUGCAAAUGCAGCUAAGAUUCUUGGAAAAAUGACAAGACGAUAAUCACAUACGACGAUGAUGGUGAUGGUGACAAAGGCAAUGUUUGUAACAAGAAAACACGAGAAAGCCUUGCUUCAUCAGUGUUAAAAAAAAAUUUGAAAAAGCGGUACUAGUUCAAACACUUCGGAAGUUGGUGUCCUGUUUGUUAAAACUGGCAUCUGAAACAAAAAAAAAAAAGUUGAAGGCUUUAUUCUAUAUUUUACCUACUCUGUAAGUGAGAGAGACAAGAAGCAAAACCUUUUUUUCUUAAGAAAAAAAAAUAAACACUGGAAGAAUUUGUUAGUGUUAAUUAUGUGAAAGAAAAAAAAAGAACAGGAAAAUCCCGUUAAGUGGAGUUGCUGUACAUACGUUUUGAUCCCACGCCUCACUUGAGUUUUCUGUAUUGCUAUGCAAUAGGCAUCCUUCCCAUUCUUACUCUUAGAGUUUAACAGUGAGUUAUUUAUUGUGUGUUACUAUAUAAUGAACAUUUUAUUGCCCUUGGAAAAUAAAACAGGUGUAUAAAGUGAAGACCAAAUACUUUGCCAGAAACUCACGGAUGGCUUAAGGAACUUGAACUCAAACGAGCCAGAAAAAAAAAAAAAAGGAGGUCAUAUUAACGGGAUGAAAAAUGCAAGUGACAUAUUAUAUGACCAAGCAAGUCUGCAUGAAGAGAAAGACCCUACAAACACAUGCUCUCUACCAACUGCCCGAGGAAGCCUCUUGUAAGGUUCAAAACUGAAAAGCCUGUUAAUAAAGGAAACUUGCAGUCAGAAUAAGUCUGUAAGAUUUUUUUUCUUUUUAAUUGUAAAUGAUUCUUUGUCAGUUUAGUCAACCAGUGAAAUGUUGAAAUGUUUUGAUAUGUACUGGUCAAACUUCAGACCUUAAAGUAUUGCUGUAUAGCUAUGCUCUAGAUUUUUCCUUCGUUUUGGUGUAUGUAAUCAUACCUAUAUUAUUACAAUAGGUGGUAUAGAAGCCAGUAUAAUUGGAAACACAUCUGCAGAUCUCUUUUUGCAAACGAUGAAAGCAAAAUGUAACUAUUGGGUUGGCCAAAAAGUUCGUUCAGGCCUUUCCAUAAGAUAUUAUGGAAAAACCCCAAUGAACUUUUUGCUCAACCCAAUACUUUAUGUGUAAUGUGUAAAUUUUUACCAUAUUUUCAAUGUUCUGCAAUAAUGCCAACUCUGAUUUAGAUUGGACUUAAAUUUGGGCUCUUUUUAAUGAUCUUUCGGAAUUGUGUGUUUCCUUUAGCUGGCCAGUACUUUUGAGUAAAGCCCCUAUAUUUUGACUUGCACUACAAAUACAUGUUUGAUAGUAUUUGUUCCACUUGUGCUUUUGCAUUGUCCAUUAUGACAUAAGCUACCUGAGUCCACUUGUCCUUUUUUUUUUUUCUUUUAUAAAAAGUCAUAGUUUUUCUUCAUUUUCUAAGCAUCAUUACUAAUCAGUUCAGACAUUAACAAUCUUCUAUUUUAGGGAAAUUGGGGAUUAUAGAUACAUAGAUAAUUGAGGUGAAGUGUUUUAGUUUUAGCAAGGGCUUAAGGAUCUGACUGGAACUCAGAAUCUUGGUGACUGGGUUAAGAAAGGUUUCUCUAACUUGGUUUAAAUCAGUAUUUUCACAGAAUUCUACUGUUGCAAAAGAGCAGACAGUUCACAGGAAACAGCUUUUUCUUUAAUCAGAUUUUUAGUGUUCAGGGAGAAAUGGAAAGAUUUACAUUUUAGUUGAUUUUUUUUAAGGAAGAAAGAAAAUCCCAGGUUAGCAUAAGUCAUUUAGUAUAUUUCACUGAAGUUAAGAUUUCUAUAGAUGUUCUUUGAAGGUUGAAAAGGCACAAGGCAAAUUCUCCCAUGAUCAAAAAAAUCCUUUCUUUCCUCUGAUGAGAGAUAUCAAAUCAGAGGUUAGAAUUUACCUUGCUGAAAUACAUGAUUUGCCACAUUUUUGCAGAGGAGGUAACCUUAUGUCAGGGGUUGUAGGAUAUGUCAGUUUGUCAGUUGUCUCUUAUUUAGCUUUAGGAUAACAAUUAAUAGUAAGUCAAUGGAAUAUUUGCAGUUUUACCUAAAGAGCAGCACAGUGAGGUGUGAAUCCAGAGUGAAGUUGUUUGUUUGAUAUUGUAUACUUCUUUUUUGGAAUUUCCUGACCAUCAUUACAAUGACAAAUUGGAUUUGUUUGAAAACUGGAAAAGCAAGAGCUAGGAUGCCACAAUACCAAACAACCCUUGGGUUGGAUAUAAGCCAAUCCCAGCUUGGAGUGUGUUGAUUUUUUUUUUUUUUUCUCUUCCACUUUUCUAUUCAUUCUAUGUAAAUCACUUUUACUUCUGCAGGUAUUUUCCUCUCCGAUAGAAUGACAUUUUGUUUUGUAUUAUUUUGUCUUUCCUCAUGAAUGCACUGAUAAUAUUUUAAAUGCUCUAUUUUAAGAUCUCUUGAAUCCUUUUUUUUUUUUUUUUUUUUAGUUUGGGGGUUCUGUAAGGCCUUUAUUUCCCAUAAGUAAAUAUCGCCAUGAGAGGGGAGGGAGACGGGAGGGAAUGGGGAAAAUGUUAGUAUGUGGGUGGGGUGGGGCAGCAGUGUUUCUGUGUUAAACAGCAAUACAGUUUUAUGGUUGGCAUGAUUUUUGAAAAAAAAAAAAAAUGGAACCUAAGAAUAGCUGUUUUGUAUUUUGAUGACUGAUUACGCUGUAUUUUAACACGAUGUAUGUCUGUUUUUGUGGUGCUCUAGUGGUAAAUAAAUUAUUUCAAUUAUAUGUCGAUGUGUUUUUCCUGUCCUGGUAUCAUCCUGGAGACCAGAGAGUACCUGUGAUGCCGGGAGCAUGAUCUCAACCCAGAAAAGUCAUACCAGCUUUAAGAUUGUGCUUUUUUUUUUUAAGUUUUUUCUCAAAGAGAUUCAGUCCAGAGAUGUCAUGCUUUAGAGUUCAAGAGCCAGGAUGUAUCUAUCAAGGCCUGAAGAAAGCCCUGUGCAGUCUUUUUAUUCCCUUGUUUAUUGCUAUUUGGUAAUUGUUGGAGAUUUAGUUUCCAUCCAGCUUGACUGUCUACCAGAAAAAAAUGCAGAGAGAUGUUUGGACCAUGCUUUGGCUUUCUGAUCCUAUGUUCUGCCAAUCUCAGGGCCAAAAGAACUGGUCUAGACAGUAUCCCCUGUAGCCCCAUAACUUGGAUAGUUGCUGAGCCAGCCAGAUAUAACAAGAGCCAUGUGCUCUUUGGGGUUGGUCUUUGAGAGCAGCUACUCCUCACUCUAUUUCUCCCCUACCACUGCACCAAAAAACCCCUGUUCCCGCAA